AUGGUCAACUCUCAAAGUCUGCCAUGGCAAGACAUUGCUACCAGAAAGCACAAGGAGAUCUUCGAUGCCAUUCCUUCAGCAUGGAUAGCUGAUAAGCAUCUGCUUCGUGGCCAUAAUUUUAUGAAUCUGCCGAAGAAAUGCCCGUCAAUCAUGUCGAAGGAGGAGCUUUUCAUCACUGAACAACGAGCUGUAGAUAUCCUAUCUCGCAUCCGAGCCAGGACAUGGACCUCUCAUCAAGUGACCCUCGCUUUCUGCAAACGAGCUGCUCUCGCACAUCAAGCCACCAAUUGUCUUGCACUUGUAAUGUUUGACUCCGCUCUCCAACGAGCGAAGGAAUUGGAUGAUUACAUGCUGAAGCACAACAAACCAAUUGGACCACUCCAUGGCCUUCCCAUCUCAGUCAAAGAGCACAUCUACCUCCAAAACACACCAGCAACCUCUGGCUUGAUUUCCUGGGCGGAUGCACCUAGUCUAGGAGACGCCUUGAUCUGCAAAGUGUUUAGAGAAGCAGGAGCGGUCUUUCACGUCAAGACCACGAAUCCACAAACACUUAUGGCCUUGGAAACACACAGCAAUCUCUUCGGCCGCACGACAAAUCCUUAUAAUACCGAUCUCACCUCUGGAGGAAGCUCAGGAGGCGAGUCGGCACUGGUGGCUAUGCGAGGCUCGCCCCUUGGUAUCGGUACAGACAUUGGCGGCAGUAUCCGCGGGCCCAGUGGCUUCUGUGGCGGUUGGGGCUUGAAGUGCAGCGUAGCACGUAUCCCUCACUCAGGACUCAGCGGCCUGCACUCUGGCAUGGAAAACAUCAUUGGUUGUGUGGGACCCAUGGCCAACUCACUCGCCGAUCUACGGCUCUUCUGCAAAGUGGCCUUGGACGCACAGCCCUGGGACUUCGAACCUAGUCUCAUCGACUUGCCAUGGCGAAGCGUAACUCCUCAAACACUGCCCAAGAAACUCAGGAUAGGAGUGUUAUGGCAUGAUGGCGAAGUAGCUCCUCACCCACCCAUUCAGCGUGCCCUCAAAGCAACAGUCUGCAAACUCCGAGCUCAAGGACACGAGAUAGUGAAUUGGGACCCAAGUCUCCACGCCUCAUUGCUCAAAUGGAUCAACACCGCAUACUUCCUCGACGGCGGCGAAGAAUACAAAAACACUCUGUUGCAAGAAUCUGACCCUGCAGUGCCCAUGAUCCAAUGGCUUCUCUACAGCACAACACCAAAACGCCACACUGUUGAGCAGACCUGGGAACUCAAUAGCCUACGCGAUAAGUUGCGCACGCAGUUCUCUCUUCAAUGGCGGGAAGCAGAUAUAGAUGCUUUGCUGUGUCCUGUAAACGCUUCUGUAGCGUCUGCUCACGAUGAAAGCAAGUACUGGGGUUAUACUGCUGUUUUCAAUGCUACGGAUCUGCCGGGCGUGGUGUUCCCAGUAACUAAAGUUUUGGAGACUGAUACUUGGGCUAAGGAUACACCGGCAGUCAAGGGUGACAAGGAUGCCAUGUAUAGAAGAUUUUGGGAUGAGGGUGGCCCGCAGAAGUAUAGGGAUGCACCGGUGAACCUGCAGUUGGUGGGAAAGAGGUUGAGGGAGGAGAGGUUAUUGGCUAUUGCUGAGGUUGUGGAGGGAAUAAUCAGAGGUGUCGGUGAUGAAAGANNAAACGAUAAGGCGGCCAAGCGUGUUGAAAGGACGGAAACGAUUCAGAGUCGAUUGUAG